AGCGUUGGUCGUCCGCCAAAGAAUGGGCGAAAUCACAAGAAACGCGAGGCUGCCGGAGACUGGCAAUGGUGCCCACCAGCAGCCAAGAAACCCGGCGGCACUGGUGAACCCCGCAACCCGAAAACUUCCCCGGGCAUCAACAACAACAAGAACAACAAGCGCCGUGUUGGCAGACCCCCGACGAAACUCAGCGACUUCUUGGUGGAAGUGGAUCCUGCGAAUGCUGUUGCAUUUGCGGCAUUGCCUUUUGCAGUUCCACUCGGACUCAGUGAUGAUAUUCUCGUCGAGUCCUAUUUCGAGGACGAAGUGGAGGAACGCAUUCCAACUCCACCUCCGCUCAUGCGACGAUCGCCGGACCGUCAGUCCUCGACUUGCACUUCCUCUUCCACUUCCUCCUCCUCCUCGUCGUCGUGGGUGCGGAUGAACGGAGUUCCGGGGCUCAUACGGAAAGACCGAUGUUUUCCGGCCUUGGGAAGCCACGAGUUCCCGCGUCAGCUAUCAAACUGGGAUUUCGAAAAGACGUCCCCGACGUCAGCCAUUCACGAGGGCUUGAACAAGUCUGUGGGAAAGCUGCGACCAACAGCACCGCGUUUCGUUCGGAUGACGGAAGACACUUCUGACGAGAAGACUCCUUUGGAACCGGACAGUGGUGUAACAUCCGAUGCUUCAAAUAACGAUGAUGAGGACUUAUUUGUUGACCAGUCUGAGAAUUCAGUGCCCAUAGUCGCAGUAGAGGAGAUUGAGCCGAUGGAUGCGAUGGAACGCGAAAUCGUGUCGCACUUCAACGCGCUCAUCGAGUUCUUCGAGACCAAAGUGUGUGACUCGCAGCGUUGAGAGGGAUUUUUUCUUCGAAAGCUGAGAAAAGUGUUUCCCUUAUUCAACCCGUUUUUCUUUGUCUUUUUGCGCUUUCUAUGAGUCGAACAGCACGUGCUGCUGGAAAUUUUGAAGUCAGGAUUGAUCGGGCAUCGUGUUAAUCGUUCAAGGUACCUCACUUGACUCGUCAUGUUCUUUCCCCCCGAUGACUCGUUCGUGGGUUUUUUUGUGUAGUACGAGAUGCCAACAGGCUUUCGGGUCGCGGCUGUGAUGAAAAUCCUCUUUGAAUUGAUACAAAUUGCUGGAGAAAUGUUGGUGAUUUGAAUUGGGAAUUAAGUGGUCAUUGCGAAGACUUGAGAAUUACCGCGGUUUCCAAAGGCAUGAUGGAGCGAGUGUUGCGAUCUGCAAGUAUAGAAUCGUGUUUGGUUUGCGUCGAUUACAGAGGAUGUGUGAUGAAUUUCUUGGAUUUUUUGGAAGGGAGUCAACAAUUGUUCCUGAAUGUUUUUUCCUCCCACAAAUUCCCCAAAAGUUAUUGAAUUGCGGUUUGUUCGAGGGGUUUUUCUCAUCCCUUUGCUUUUGAAUAUCGCAUGGAAGACAAGUUUUUCGCGUUCCGUUUGCACGUACUGUAUUUCGUCUUGUAUAAUUGGAAAAGUUGCUACAGGGCUUACUGGAGCGUAAGCUUUAUUGGAUGAUUAUUUUUCGGCUGUCCUGAUAUAGAUGUAGGCUUUUUUUUUUUUCAUCAUCACAUUGAUGUUUCACAAUGAUUUAUACGCGAUGAAAUGCAGAACGUCGAGUCAAA